CAUUUUCUUCACAACCAAUUCACUCACAUAGCUAGUGAACAGUAUUCUCCUCAACAAAAAAUGGCUUCAAGAACCACAAGCUCCAUUGCCCUUUUCUUGGCUCUCAAUCUCCUCCUCUUCACAACAAUCUCCGCCUGCGGUAGCUGCAGUCCCUGCGGUGGAGGUUGCCCCUCUCCCAAGCCAAAGCCAAAGCCAACCCCUAAACCUAAACCAACCUCGAACAAAUGCCCUAAAGACACCCUCAAGCUUGGAGUCUGCGCUAAUGUACUCAACGGCCUCCUCGACUUGACCCUUGGCAAGCCACCAGUCGAGCCAUGCUGUAGCCUCAUCCAAGGACUUGCUGAUGUUGAAGCAGCCGUUUGCCUCUGCACCGCCCUUAAGGCUAACGUUCUUGGAAUUAACUUGAACGUCCCAAUCUCUCUAAGUCUGCUCCUCAAUGUUUGCAGCAAACAACUUCCUUCUGGCUUCCAAUGCUAAUAACCAUAUUGAUAUAUGAUUUAAACACACUUAUGUGUAUAUGUAUCUUCUUGUUUUAAAGAGACAAGGUGAAUCUAUAUACUCUUGUUAUUGUGUCUUUAUAUAUAUUACUUCGUGGUUUCUUCUAUUCUUCUUGUUAUGGUGUUCACUGGAGUCUUUAUGUCUCUGUCUGUGUGAUCCGUAAGAUUCUUGAAAUUUUACAGUUUCAUUAUUUCCUAUUACUCUUAUUGGGGAUAUUGUUGUAUUGGUUUGUACUACGAUUCUAUGAAUUAAUAAAGCAUUAAAUUUUUAUUA